GCCAGCAGCCAGGUUUUGUCUUAGUUUGGCUGGAUCACAUCACAGCAGUUUCAGCUGUUUAAGGAAUUUGUACAUGUGUAAUUUUCUCAGAUGUGUACAGGCAUCUGUUUCCUGAUCACGUGUGUGAUACUGGGGCUGUCUUAAAGGCUGUUGCCAAUGAAGUCUGUCUGUUGAUCUUCUGUCAAUGAUGCAUUUUCCAGAGAUCUCUCACUACGCUGACAGGACUUUUGGAAAUCGACUAAGAGUGGUGGGAUGGGAACUAGGAGCUCUCCAUCCAGUCCUUACUGGCUAAUGUGCACAAAGUUAAUAUCUUAUUUCCUCCUAAUGUCACACUUUACAUUUUGCUGAGCUCAAUGCAAGAAUUGCUAUUACCCUAAGUGCAACCAUAAGUUCACUGCACUCACCCAAGUCCUGUUAAUUUGGAGAUGUGCCACUGCUUUAUGAUCUAUCUCUUGUGGUGAAGCUGUGGUGCAUGGCACCAGCAUCACCCUAUCAUCUGAAAAGCCCAGCUGAAGGGAUCUGUCAGCCACUUUUCAUGUCACCCUCUGCAGAUAUCAAUGAGUGUGAGCGAGACCCACUGCUGUGCCGAGGUGGGAUCUGCAUGAACACAGAUGGCAGCUUUGAAUGCAUCUGCCCCCCUGGACACGAGCUGACUUCAGAAGGGAACACUUGCAUAGAUAUCAAUGAAUGCUCCCUCAGUGACAACCUGUGUCGCAAUGGACGCUGCGUCAACGUCAUUGGGACCUACCAGUGUGCGUGUGAUUCGGGCUUCCAGGCCACGCCAGAUAGACAGGGCUGUGUUGAUAUUGACGAGUGCACCAUAACCAAUGGUGGCUGUGACACACACUGCUCCAACUCGGAGGGCAGCUAUGAGUGCAGCUGCAGUGAAGGCUAUGCACUGAUGCCAGACAAGAGAUCAUGUGCAGAUAUUGAUGAAUGUGAGGAUAAUCCAGACAUCUGUGAUGGUGGGCAGUGCACAAACAUCCCUGGGGAAUAUCGCUGCCUCUGCUUUGAUGGCUUCAUGGCAUCCCUGGACAUGAAAACUUGCAUUGAUGUGAAUGAAUGUGAUCUUAACCCUAACAUCUGCCUGCAUGGCGAGUGUGAAAACACAAAGGGCUCCUUCAUCUGUCACUGCCAGUUGGGCUACUUUGUCAAGAAGGGAACCACAGGCUGCACAGACAUUGAUGAAUGUGAGAUUGGGGCCCACAACUGUGACAUGCAUGCCUCCUGCAUCAAUGUGCCUGGGAGCUUCAAGUGCAAGUGUCGCACAGGCUGGCUUGGAGAUGGGCUGAAGUGUAAUGACUUGGACGAGUGUGCAACAGAAGAGCACAAGUGCAACCUGAACGCCAACUGCAUCAACACACCGGGCUCCUACCGCUGUGCCUGCCGAGAAGGCUUCAAUGGAGAUGGCUUCUCUUGUUCAGAUGUGGAUGAGUGUGCAGACAAUGUGAACCUGUGUGAGAAUGGGCAGUGUCUCAAUGCACCUGGGGGUUACCGCUGCGAGUGUGAGAUGGGCUUCAAUCCCACAGAAGACAGCAAGGCCUGCCAGGACAUUGAUGAAUGCACCUUCCAGAAUAUCUGUGUCUUUGGAACCUGUCAGAACCUGCCUGGCAUGUUCCGUUGUGCCUGUGAUGAUGGCUACGAACUGGACAGAAGUGGAGGCAACUGCACAGACAUCAAUGAAUGUGCAGACCCCGUGAACUGUAUCAACGGCCUGUGUGUCAACACUCCUGGCAGCUACCUGUGCAACUGUCCACAAGACUUUGAGUUGAACCCCACUGGUGUGGGCUGUGUGGAUACCCGUGUUGGGAACUGCUUCCUGGACACCCAGGAUCGUGGAGAUGGGGGGAUCUCCUGCAGUGCAGAAAUCGGAGUUGGUGUCACUCGGGCAUCCUGCUGCUGCUCACUGGGUCGUGCAUGGGGCAACCCCUGCGAGCUUUGUCCUCCAGCCAACACGACUGAGUACAAAACCCUGUGCCCUGGAGGAGAAGGUUUCCGGCCCAACCCCAUCACUGUCAUCCUGGAAGAUAUCGACGAGUGCCAGGAGCUGCCAGGUCUCUGCCAGGGUGGCAACUGUGUGAACACUUUUGGCAGCUUCCAGUGUGAAUGCCCCCUUGGCUACUACCUCAACGAGGACACACGGAUCUGUGAAGAUAUUGAUGAGUGCUCUGCUCACAUUGGGAUCUGUGGUCCUGGGACCUGUUACAACACCCUUGGCAACUACACCUGCGUGUGCCCCCCCGAGUACAUGCAAGUCAAUGGAGGAAACAACUGUAUGGACAUGAGGAAGAGCGUGUGCUAUCGCAACUACAAUGACACGUGUGAGAAUGAGCUCUCCUUCAACAUGACCAAGAAGAUGUGCUGCUGCUCCUACAACAUUGGCAAAGCCUGGAACAAACCAUGCGAGCCCUGCCCUACACCAGCCAGCCCCGAGUACCAAAUCCUGUGUGGGAACCAGGCCCCUGGCUUUAUCAUCGACAUCCACACAGGGAAGCCCAUUGAUAUUGAUGAAUGCAGUGAGAUCCCUGCUAUCUGUACCAAUGGUGUCUGCAUCAACCAAAUUGGCAGCUUCCGGUGCGAGUGCCCCAUUGGAUUCAGCUACAACAACAUACUGCUCAUCUGUGAAGACAUUGAUGAAUGCAGCAGCGGAGAGAACCUCUGCCAGCGCAAUGCUGACUGCAUCAACAUCCCAGGCAGCUACAGGUGUGAAUGCUCGACUGGAUACAAGCUGUCACCUAGCGGAGCCUGCGUGGGUCGCAACGAAUGCCAGGAAAUCCCCAACGUCUGCAGCCAUGGGGACUGCGUUGACACCGAGGGCAGCUACAUCUGCAUCUGUCACAACGGCUUCAAGGCCACCGGGGAGCAGACCAUGUGCAUGGAUAUUGAUGAAUGUGACCGACAGCCCUGUGGAAAUGGGACCUGCAAGAACACAGUUGGGUCCUACAAUUGCCUCUGCUUCCCUGGCUUUGAGCUAACACACAAUAAUGACUGCAUGGACAUUGAUGAGUGCUCAUCCAUGGUGGGACAGGUGUGUCGGAAUGGCCAAUGCAUCAACAGCAUCGGCUCCUUCCAGUGCCUGUGCCAAGAGGGCUAUGACCGGACUCCCGAUGGGAAGAACUGUGUAGAUAUCAACGAGUGUGUGAGCCUGCCUGGGACCUGCUCCCCAGGCACGUGCCAGAACCUGGAGGGCUCCUUCCGCUGUAUUUGCCCCCCUGGGUAUGAAGUGCAGAACGACAAUUGCAUUGAUAUCAACGAAUGUGAAGAGGAGCCCAACAUCUGCCUCUUUGGGACAUGCACCAAUACUCCUGGCAGCUUCCAGUGUGUCUGCCCCCCAGGCUUUGUGCUGUCUGAUAAUGGCCGACGGUGCUUUGAUACUCGCCAGAGCUUCUGCUUCACUCGCUUUGACAAUGGGAAGUGCUCUGUCCCCAAGGCCUUCAACACCACCAAGGCUCGGUGCUGCUGCAGCAAGAUGCCAGGAGAAGGCUGGGGAGACCCGUGUGAGCUGUGCCCACAAGAAGGAAAUGUUGCCUUCCAGGAGCUGUGUCCAUACGGCCAUGGAGCCAUCCCAGGUCCGGGUGACACCCGUGAAGAUGUGAAUGAAUGCUCAGAGAACCUGGGUGUCUGCAUCAACGGAGCCUGCAUUAAUACUGAUGGCUCCUUCCGCUGCGAGUGCCCCUUUGGGUACAACCUCGACUACACAGGAGUCAACUGUGUGGAUACAGAUGAAUGCUCCAUCGGCAACCCCUGUGGGAAUGGUACCUGCACCAACGUGGUGGGAGGCUUCGAAUGUGCCUGUGAUGAGGGCUUUGAGCCAGGGCCCAUGAUGACAUGUGAAGAUAUUAAUGAGUGUGCAUCGAAUCCUUUGCUUUGUGCAUUCCGCUGCAUCAAUACCUUUGGCUCCUAUGAGUGCACAUGUCCAUCUGGAUAUGCCCUCCGAGACGACAGAAGAAUGUGCAGAGAUCUGGAUGAGUGUGCAGAGGGUCUGCACGACUGCGAGUCUCGAGGAAUGCUGUGCAAGAAUCUCAUUGGCACCUUCAUGUGUAUCUGCCCACCAGGAAUGCAGCGCAGACCUGAUGGAGAGGGCUGCACAGAUGAGAAUGAGUGCCGUACCAAGCCUGGAAUCUGCCCCAAUGGCCGCUGCAUCAACACAGUGGGAAGUUACCGCUGCGAUUGCAAUGAAGGUUUUGAAGUCAGUCCCUCUGGCACAGAGUGUAUUGACACCCGCCAGGGCUUCUGCUUUACUGAAGUACUGCAAACCAUGUGCCAGAUGUCUUCCACCAACCGCAACCUGGUCACCAAAUCUGAGUGCUGCUGCAACAGUGGGCGCAGUUGGGGACCCCAGUGUGAGCUCUGCCCCCUACUUGGAACUGCACAGUACAAGAAAAUGUGUCCUCAUGGUCCAGGGUACUCCACUGAUGGGAGAGACAUCGAUGAGUGCAAGGUACUGCCCAACCUCUGCAAGAAUGGACAGUGCAUCAACAGCAUUGGCUCCUUCCGCUGCCACUGCAGGCUGGGCUACACAGCAGAUAUCACAGGCACAGCCUGUGUAGAUCUGGAUGAAUGUAACCAGUCCCCUAAACCAUGUAACUUCAUCUGCAAGAACACAGACGGCAGCUACCAGUGCUCGUGCCCCAGAGGAUACGUUCUGCAAGAAGAUGGAAAGAUUUGCAAAGACUUGGACGAAUGUUCCACCAAGCAGCACAACUGCCAGUUCCUGUGUGUGAACGUUAUUGGAGGAUUCAACUGCAAAUGCCCUCCAGGCUUCACUCAGCACCACUCGUCCUGCAUCGACAAUAAUGAGUGCACGGCUCAGCCCUCUCUGUGUGGAGCCAAAGGGCAGUGUCUAAACACACCAGGCAGCUACAACUGUGAAUGUCAGAAGGGGUUCUCCCUGGACAGCUCUGGUGUCAACUGUGAAGAUGUAGAUGAGUGUGACGGAAACCACCGGUGCCAGCAUGGCUGCCAGAAUGUGCUUGGAGGCUACAGAUGUGGCUGCCCACAGGGCUACGUGCAGCACUACCAGUGGAAUCAGUGUGUGGAUGAAAACGAGUGCUCCAGCCCAACUGCCUGUGGCUCUGCCUCCUGCUACAAUACUUUGGGAAGUUUCAAGUGCGUCUGUCCGUCUGGCUUUGACUUUGACCAGGCCUUUGGGGGGUGCCAGGAUGUGGAUGAAUGCUCAGCUGGCGGCAGCCCCUGUAGUUAUGGCUGCUCCAACACAGAUGGAGGUUACCUCUGUGGCUGUCCUGGAGGCUACUUCCGAGCAGGACAAGGACACUGUAUUUCUGGCUUGGGUUUUGGGAAGGGGUCCUACCUUCCUGCCCCUCAAGAAGAGGAUGAAGACAAUCUGCUCUCCCCUGAAACUUGCUACGAGUGCAAGAUAAAUGGCUAUCCCAAGAGAGGUCGACAGCGACGCAGUGUCAAUGGCACCGAGAGGCACAAGGAUCACACUGUCAAUUUGGCCAGCAUGGAUGUGGAGACUCCUCUGUCCAUGAUGCUGAACCUCUCUGACCUGGCACACAACGAGCACAUCCUGGAGCUUCUGCCAGCUGUGGAGCCCCUGGAGAACCGCGUGCGGUACCUCAUCUCCCAUGGGAAUGAGGAUGGCUACUUCCGCAUCCACCAAAAAGAAGGGCUCAGCUUCCUGCACCUUGGCCGCAAGAAAAUAGUGCCAGGCACCUACCUGCUGGAAAUCAUGAGCGUGCCCCUGUACCGCAAGAGGGAACUGCAGAAACUAGAGGCCAAGAAUGACCUCAACUACUUAGCAGGGGAGCUGGGCCAAGCACUGAGGAUGAAGCUCCAGCUCCAGCUCUACUAACAGCCAUUAGACCCACCCACCCAACCGACAGUACAGUCCUUAGCCUUGCCAUCCACACCUGGAAACAUCUGCCUCUUCUCUUGCUGCACCCCCUGCCACCACCUCCCCCACUGCACUGCACAGCUGAUGGGAAAUGUCCCCGUGGGCUCAGCACUCACCUGGGCCAUGCAGGGGUAUUUCAUUCCACGGGGUGCUUGGCUCAAAACCAAGCCACACCACAAAAGAGCUCAUGCAAGCUUUGCCAAAGGUUCCCGCUGUGUUAGCAGGGGUGUCCUCCCUGCACUCAGCUCCUUCUGUCUCUUUUAAACAAGGUGCUGUUGGUCUGAGCUGGCAGAGGCAGCACCAUGGGAAGGUUCUGGUCCUUCAUGCUCACAGCCCAUGCACCGCCCCACAUCCCAGUAAAUGGGAGGGGAUCUGGGGGCGGCUUUGGGAGUUGCUUCAAGGGUGUGAUGUCGGUGCCUUUCCCAACAGUUUAUUUUCUUCUUUGAUUCUGCACUGUCAUAAUCGUGCUGCGCAAGAGCCCUACCUACACUGGCUCCUCUGUCUCUCUGUCCUCUCCAUGUCCUGUGGUCCAUUUGGGCUGCUCUGUCAAACUGAAAAGCUUGCUAGUGAGUGAGGGGGCAGCUCAAGCUGCAAACCUCGUGUCUUGAAGCAGCCAGCCCAAAGGACUAGAGCUCCUGCAGGGAACGUAGGGUUUUCACUGUGCAGUGUGCAGUGUGCUCAACAGUCCAUUCCCUCCAAAGAUUGGUGCUGGAAGGGGUUCUACAGAGCUCCAGCAAGCCAGAGGUUAAUGUGUCCUUACAGAAGUGAAUAGGAACUCUGGGGAAAAGCAAAUAAUUGCACUGGUUAAUGCAAAUGAACAAACUAAACUGGAAGGGAACAUGUCACUAGCCUGGUUCAGAGCAUCCAUCCUUCCUUUGCCAGUGGUGAUGGAGAACUUGGAGCACACGUAUGGCACACUGCAGGGGCAGACUUGCUGGCCACCACUGAUGAAUGUGGUUUAAAAUCUUUUAAAACCCUCCUCCCAGCAGGAGCAGAUAGGGGGGUGGGCUCUGCAGUGUGGGGUGAACCAGGGGGCUGAUUGCCCACAGUCAGGAGUGGAAAUGGAAGCUGCAUGGCACUGCCCUCAUUACUGCCUGCACUUCGGUGACAACUGAGAGGCAUCCCUCUUAGUGCAGACAAAUGAAAUGCACUCCAAAGAGUCUGGAAGGUACAAGUGAAGUGAAAGGAGCUCUUCCCACUGCCUCCCUUGGCCAUGUGGGCUGCUCUGUCCAGGUGGGCUUCUCCCCCACCUCGGGGUGGUCCUUCACACAGAGCUCUGCAGUGCCAUGGCCUCGUUUUGUAGGAAUCCGUUCUCACUUCUGCAUCAACACUGUGCAUCGUCAAAGGCAAGAAAGGUGCUAACUCACUCUGGUGACACACAGAACUACCUGACAAUAAACCAAAGGUGCUUUCAGAAGCUGGUGCUGGUAUGGAACUGUCAGCGUUAGUGCACUGUAUCCAUCCACCCUUCCGUAUUUAUGAGUAACCACCACAGUCUGAUUGCUCGGUGGUGUGAGGAGUGCAUAUUCUGUAACUUCUUUUUAGUAUUUGGGGGUGGGGUGGUUGUUUUCUCCUGGUACGCUUCCACAUCAUAGAGUGGGGAAGCGUACAUAUACUGUAUUUGGGCUAAAGUCAAACUUGAAAACUCUUUUUGUAUAAUGCAGCUCCAGACUCUGGUUUUGCAAGAGUUCCAGAGCUUGUGACAGGAUGGGUGGCCUGAUGUUUGUUUUUUAUUAUUAUUAUUAUUAUUAUUAUUUUGGUUUGGUUUGGUUUUCCCAACAGGUGCUUUUUUUUA